UACCCUUGUAGUAAAACCCUCCCUCUUCCCGCCUCGACUAGCCGAGAAAAAACUCCCCACCACCACCACCAUGUUCCAAUCCACCGCGCCGCCGCCGCCGCCUCUUUUCAAGCAACGUUCGUGGUCCCCGGACAUGCUCCGCGACCAGGCCUGGUCGCGGCGGAAGGGCCGGCACCACAAGCUGCGGCGGAGUGGCCGUCUCUCCAGGAGCGUCACCGACGACGACUUGGACGAGCUCAAGGCCUGCUUCGAGUUGGGCUUCGGGUUCGAUUUGCCCGUUAUCGACCCGAAGCUAUUCGAUGCCUUUCCUGCGCUCGAGUUCUACCAUACCGUUAAUAAGCAGUACAGCCAGAGCUUAUCCAGAACGACCUCGUCCUCGUCGACGGUUGUUUCGGAUUCGGAUACGUCGUCGUUCUCUGUCGAUAGCCCUAGCAGCACUAUAUUUGGCCCAGGUGAUGAUCCGGAGAUGGUGAAGACGAGAUUAAGGCAGUGGGCCCAGGUGGUUGCUUGUGUGGUGCGACAGCCUCUACCAAACUAAAAUCAUGUUAAUUGGUGCGCGCAAGCUGGUUCGAAUCGGUUUUUUUUUUUUUAAAAAGAAACCUUGAAUUAUGCUAAUUGAUGCUUUUGAAAUCAAUAUUUUUGUGGACCAGCAGAGAGAAAAGAAGAUCAUGGAGUGUACAAAUUGAAUUCUUUUUUUAGUCGAAUAUAUGGUGGGAUUUAUUAAAAACUUUGGCCAAAUAAAUAAGAAAAUAAUUCGUGUUAA